UUAACAAGCUUGUAACUCCAUUGCAUCUUCCUCGAUAUAACUCACUAGUUUCCCCUUGAUCUUCUACUUUUAUAAAUCAUCAUAAAGCAGCAAGAGAAGGCCAUAUGUUUUAAGUCUGUUCUUGAAGAAAAAGAGGAGACUGAGUGAAAGUUUAAAUCUUUCUUGCGAAAUCCUAUCUGGGGUUUCUGAAUCAUCUCAUUUUCUUGUGUUUGCAACCCAGGAAAACCCGUCAGGAGACAAGAAAAAAUGAUCACCAUUACAGACCUUUACCAUGUUCUUACUGCUGUUGUUCCCUUGUAUGUGGCCAUGAUCUUAGCCUAUGGAUCAGUGAGAUGGUGGAAAAUUUUCAGCCCAGACCAAUGUUCAGGGAUCAAUAGAUUUGUGGCUCUUUUUGCUGUUCCUCUGCUUUCUUUUCACUUCAUAUCUACCAACAAUCCAUAUGCUAUGAACUACAGGUUCAUAGCAGCUGACACUCUUCAGAAAAUCAUUGUUCUUGUUGUUCUAGCUAUCUGGGCAAGGACUAGCUCAAGAGGAUCCCUUGAAUGGUCCAUUACUCUGUUUUCCUUGUCCACACUCCCUAACACACUUGUUAUGGGGAUUCCUCUGCUGAAGGGCAUGUAUGGUGAUGCGUCAGGAAGCCUAAUGGUUCAAAUAGUUGUGCUUCAAUGCAUCAUUUGGUACACAUUGAUGCUUUUCUUGUUUGAGUACAGAGGUGCAAGAAUGCUCAUUGCUGAGCAGUUUCCUGACACUGCAGGCUCUAUUAUCUCGUUCAAAGUUGAUUCCGAUAUCAUCUCUUUGGAUGGUAAAGAGCCAUUACAGACUGAAGCUGAGGUUGGUGAAGACGGGAAGCUUCAUGUAACUGUGAGAAAAUCCACUAGUUCAAGGUCCGAAAUCUUCUCGAGGAGAUCUCAUGGGCCUAAUUCUGGUCUUUCAAUGACUCCUAGACCAUCAAACCUGACUAAUGCAGAGAUAUAUUCUCUUCAGUCAUCAAGAAAUCCAACUCCAAGGGGUUCAAGCUUUAAUCACACUGAUUUUUAUUCCAUGGUAAAUGGAAAGAAUGCUAGCAAUGUCAGUCCAAGGCAAUCAAAUUUUGGGAACAUGAACUUUGAUGAGGAGAAUGGUUUAGGUGGUUUUGGGAAUCUCUCCAAAGCUAAUGGGGUUUGCGGACAGGGAAAUGCAGGGUACCCUGCUCCAGCUAGUGCCGGAAUAUUUUCUCCAGUAUCCGGUCCGGGGGCGAAAAGGAAGGCUAAUGGGACUGAUGGUGGCAAAGAUCUUCACAUGUUUGUUUGGAGCUCAAGUGCUUCACCAGUUUCUGAAGGAGGGAUUCAUGUGUUCAGGGGAGGAGACUACGGAAAUGAUCUUGGAGUCGGAGCUCACCCAAAAGAUUAUGAUGAUUUUGGAAGAGAUGAAUUUAGCUUUGGAAACAGACCAGGAGCAAAUGGAGAUGACCGUGAAGGGCCAGUAUUGUCCAAGCUUGGUUCAAGUUCCACAGCUGAGCUCCAUCCUAAAGCCAGUGCUCAAGACAUCAAGGCAACUGCUAUGCCCCCUGCUAGUGUCAUGACCAGACUAAUUUUGAUAAUGGUCUGGAGGAAACUCAUUAGGAAUCCCAAUACUUAUUCCAGUCUAUUUGGGUUGACAUGGUCCCUGGUCUCAUUCAGGUGGGGUAUACAAAUGCCUGCAAUAAUUGCCAAAUCCAUUUCCAUACUAUCUGAUGCUGGUCUUGGAAUGGCCAUGUUUAGUCUUGGUUUAUUCAUGGCCUUGCAGCCCAAAAUCGUUGCCUGUGGAAAAACAGUUGCUGCUUUCUCAAUGGCAGUUCGCUUCCUCACCGGACCUGCUGUCAUGGCUGCUGCCUCAAUCGCAGUUGGAUUGCGAGGCGUCUUAUUACACAUUGCCAUUGUUCAGGCUGCUCUUCCACAGGGAAUUGUUCCUUUUGUCUUUGCAAAGGAGUACAACGUUCAUCCAGACAUACUGAGCACAAUGGUUAUAUUUGGGAUGUUAAUAGCUCUACCAAUCACUCUAGUCUACUACAUUUUGCUGGGGCUCUGAAGUCUGAACUCUGAAGUUGGAAGUGGUAGUAAAGCUGCUGGAACUAAAACUUACUACUAAUCACAAAUGGAAUGACCCUUUUGACAUGGGGUUUUUUUGGCAUCUAACAGAGCAUAGAAUAUUCAGUAACCUAGUAGAUGACAUUAUGAGAAGAUGGUAGAAAAGGUGGAGUUGGAGACGAGAAUUGAGACAAGGCAACUGAUAAUAGAGAAGAAGAAGCAGAAGGAAGAAAAUGUAAAAUAUGACCAUUGGGCAGCAGCUCAGCUUAGCUUAGAAAAUCGUUGAUGGCUUUCUUUUUCCCCUUUUCUGGAGAUUGUGCUCUCUUUUGCUGCUACUUCUGUUCUUUUCAUGAAGAAA